AUGUUUGUUCGAACGAACGUGGUCCUGGUGCUGUCCUGGUUGCUCCUGCCGACGAUAGGGCGAGUCCAGGGAAGCGAGGAUGAGCAGCUCCGAGGGAAGAGGCAGGCGCUGUAUCCUCCGCCUCUUGUUUAUCCUCUCAGUGGCAUUUUCAAGCUAAUCGUCGGAUUGGCGGUACCGGUGCAGCUCUCGGGCCAGAUUCUGGUUUACGGCCAGAACUUUCAGUUCCAAUACAUGUUGCCAGACAACGCCACCUUCUUCACCAACUUCUUCGAGGACUCGUCGCGGGGACGACGCAGGAGAGCAAGCUGGGACGAGAGGGCUCCUGUCUACGACAUCCUGCGACAGGAACUUGACAGGCGAAAUAUCGAUGGGAAAGGAUGCUUGAUGAAGAACAUCUGCGAAGCUGCUUCGACACCCCUGAAAGACGAGGGCCUGGUCGGCGAAUUGAUUCAUUUAUUGCUAACCCCAGAUCACGGAAACUUUACCGGCACCGACGAGGAAUAUUUAGAGGCAGCCAUGGCCGGGCGUAGACACGAGGAUUGCUCGACGAUUUACUCCACGUGCCCCACUGGUCUAGGGGUCUUAGACAGAAUAUCCGCCAUUUAUUAA